GUUAGCAUCCGGCUAACUCAUAACUUCCCGACCGCUGUCUGUGAGUCUCGCCUCCAACUUGAGAAUGCUGAACGGGCUGAGCAUCGAUGGCGGAGAGCAAUGACUGAGGAGUUUGAUGACGAUGUGGUAUUUGAGAAUUCCCCACUGUUCCAGUACCUUCAGGAUCUAGGGCACACCGACUUCGAGUCAUGUCCGACGGCGUCUCAGGAGGAGGAGGAGGAGUACGGAGGUGCAGAGGGAGACCUCAACUCUGCUGGCCAACAUAAGCAAAAAACAGCAGGAGGAUGUUUAUGGAGACUGGUUGAGGCCUUGAGGAGAUGGAGUCCCCUUCACCAGGCAGAUGAAUCUCAUAAGCUGGAGCAGCAGCUGGACAGUGCUUUUGGCCAGUACUCGGUCAGAUGCAUCCUGGACCAGGACGUGCUGUUGCAGGAGGAUGUGGAGCUUAUCGAGCUUUUGGACCCGAGCUUGCUCACCUUCGGCUCGUCGCCUUCCGGCUCACCAAGCCGAGUGAGCUCCCUGCCCAGGCUGAGUCUCGUCCCCAGGCUAUCACUAUGGGACGUAGCGGGGCUGGUGGGAGUGGCUGUAAUGCUGUUAGGAGUCUGUUCCUCUUCUGGGAGCCUGUGGUCUCUGGCUGCUGCGCCGUGGGGUCUGGCUCUGCUGGGCUGGAUGGGAAAGAGGGGCCUGGUAUUGUGGAGACGCCGACGCAUGCAGAAGGACGUCCAAACCAGGGCCAACCGGCUCCAGACUCUGGUCCAUAACAGCAAAACUCUGACGGGACUGGCCCGGAAAGCUCUGCGUCUGGUGCAGGAGACAGAGGUCAUCUCCAGAGGGUUCACCCUUUUGCUCGACAGGGUGAGUGCGGCCGGAUCCUUUAGCAGGGCGGGGCCCGGGGCGGUGCCCCGCAGCCAGCAGCUAAUUGGCCUCAGGAAGGUCCUGUACCGGGCUCUCCGCUCGGCCUUCAGAGCCUCGCGCAGGGCCACCUGUCACAUGCUCAAAGCGUUCCCGCUGAACUCUGAGGUCGACAAUGUGACCAACUAUGUGUGCGCGGUGCCUCUGAAGGAGCUGGGGCUCGGCCUGGGGAUCGAGCACCUCGGGGACGAGCAGGCGCAGGAGCUGACUGAUGACUACAGCCUUCCAGCCCUCAAGAUGCUCUUCCAGCUGUGGUUGGGUCAAAGUUCAGAAUCUUUGCGACGUCUCGCUCUUCUCCUCUCGCCGCACCGAAUUGCAGAGUCUGAGGAGGACAGAACCAAAGAAGACACCUACCCUCCUUCUUCCCACCCACCGCCUCCGCUUCACCGCUCCGUCGCUGCCGUGACCGAGCCCCUCCAUCACGCUCUAGCCAGCUGUCUCGCCGACGUUCAGCGCAGCUACGACUUCCACCGACACUUCGAGAUGCAGCCGAGGUUGUCGAGCUCCGACAAGAACGGGCGUGCGAGGGAGAAAUGCAGAGAGCUGAACGUCCUGCACACGUCCAUCCGAAGCCUGCAGCUCCACCUCAAGGCGCUGCUCAGCGAGAUGAUCAUCUUGGAGGAUGAUCUAGAGAAGCUGAUGGUGUCCAAGCAGCUGACAGAUUUAACCCUGGAAGGCUACCGCGACCUGAACGAGCGGCUGCAGCUGCUGCAGCCCCACAUGCAGGCCAGCGCUGGCUGCUGGGAGGACACAGUCAGCCAGGUGGAGCGCAUGCUAAGACGAGCCAACUCCUCUCCAGGUAAUGCUGAUGACACUGAGCAGUUUGGUCCUCUGGUUCCUGAGGUUCCUGCUCCUCCAUCCUACCCUCUGAUUCUGGACAGAGACCCGGUGCCGGAGGAAAUCGAGCUGGAGGCCUACGUCUCCGACUCGGACUCUGACGGGGAGGGAAGAGGGUCGUGGUCCGACUUGCUGUCCCCAGAGGAGCGGGAACGACAGCAGAGGGAGAGGGAGGAGUCUCGUCGCGUCCUGUCUGAGCUGAAAGCCGUCCUGGGCUUCCGCGCGUCCGACGGGGAGAGGAUGAAGAGGAAGCAGAUGCUGUUCAGCGACCAAGCGGCUUCAUCGCCUUCAGUUCUGAGUCAGGGUCAGGAUCCCGCUGCUCCCAGUUCUGUAAGCGCUGCAGGAACUGGUGCUGAGGAAGGAAACUACCUAUCAGAGCGCCAUGCAGGAAACGACGUGGAGGAAGAGGAAGGAAGCUACGACAGGGUGAGGCCCGACCCUGUCACAGAGUUCAGCUGCGGCCUGGAGGAAAGGGAGACGGGAGGACCCCCCGUCUGUGGCGGAGGAGGAACGUCAGAGCUGCACCAGUAUGACGGUGUUGCUGAGGAGGAAGAAGAGCGUCAGAACGGUCUGGACUGCUUCCUGAAUCCUAAAAUCCCCGCCGUCUCUGUGAUGGACAGACUGACUGAGAUCCACGGCUCAGAGACUCUCAGCUUUAGCUCCGCCCUUGCCGCUCAAGUGGUGGCGCGCUCGCAGUCGCUUGUCAACAUGGAGGAGCAGACGUUUGGAGACGACGACGAUGGUGAUGAGGAGGAGGAAGGGGAAAACGCCAUCACCUCAGAGAAGGAUUAAACAUCAAGCUGACUGCUUUAACAGAGCAGAGACAGUAUUUAUGUCUGACUGUCUGUUUGGUCCGUAUUACGUCCCGUUAUGUUCCAGCUCUCAUCUAUCACUGUGCUUCACCUACAAUUCUUAUUGCUGUGGAAACUCAGGAACAAGACCCACUGACACAGUGGGGUUCAAGUAGCAGAUUAUCCUCAGAUACAACCAGAUAAUUUAGCAUAAUCUGUCUUACCUGUGGAUGUAAUAGAAAAAAACGUCUCCUUCGCUGUAAUCACCUUUCAUUUAGCUGAUUUGUUGUCACCUCACAUGGUUACUGAUGGAAGAAGAAAGAGCUUCACUGCUCAAUUGUUUAUCCGCUACACAAAUGUUUAUAUUGAAUUUAGCCAAAUUGAUCUAUAAUUCGAACUUUUUCUGCUCUUAAAGACGAAAAGCCAACUUAAAAAUGUUGAUAUAGUGAUAAAAAUGGUCAUAUACUUUCAAUUCAAAGCAUUUUACUUUUACUACAGCUUGAAACAAUAGCUGCUUAACCCCAAAAAAAAUCAAUUUGUGUCUGAAAUAGUUUUUAUUUGAGUAUUAAAUGUAACGCACCCUUUAACUUAAUGGCAAAACCCUGAAUGAUUAAAAAGAAACACUUUUAGACGCAGCAUUACAAUCAUGCACCUUUAAUUAGAUCAAAUUUAUUCUGUAGCAGAAAAGGAAAAGUUGUAAUUGUUAUAUAGUCGCUCCUGCUGCCGGUGUGUUUUACCAGUAAAUAAAAGGACUCUAAAUUGAAUAUUUUAGGUGUGCCAGGGUCUUAGGAAGAGAACUGGACCCACAGCAUUACAUGUCCUCCACCGUACUGAACAUGAAGUGCUGUUUCAUAUAUUCGUCCUCUUUCCACACCAAAGUCAGGGAGUGUUUCUUGCAGAGAAGCUAUAAUAACAUGGACAAUUGGCCAGUAGAUGGCUUGAUAUGUUAUAAAUCACCCCCCUCUCUGGGAGCGGUGGGAAUAAUGAACUUGGUUUCUCUUCCAACGUGGAUAAAAACCCAAUAAAACUAUGAUAGCUGCAUUGGUUUUAUUGUUUUUAAAUAUUUCUCUUACUGUGGAUAUUUGGAGGUUUAGGUUAGGAGAUGUUUUCUUACACCCUGUUUUCUGACAGAAGAAUUAACACACAUCUAACUUGUAUUUAUUGUUCUCUUUGUUUUUUUGCUUUUUUAGGUUAAAGAAUAGUUGGUGAAAUGAAAUUAAGAAAAACAUUUAGCUCCAUUUCAUUUAAAUAGAUGUUUUAAUACUUUUCAAGAGUUUUUCUCCCCUUGCUGAAUGAAUAAUCUUGAGUUAAAUGUUAAAAUUUGUAGAAAUGAUUGCUGCUGUCAAAAAAAAAUUCUUCUAAUGGUUUUUUACUCAGAGUGCCAAUAGGUUUGAGGGUGCUACACAUUAAUAUUCCAAUCAAACUGUUUGUUGGAUCAGAUUUAAAAUGAUGUUCUCUUUCAGGAAAUAUUCAGUCUGAAUUCAUUGGUAGAAAAUAUAGACGAAGCCUAAAGAAAAAAAAGUAGAUUUGUAUAGGAGAAAUUGUGAUUAAGCUAGGCAAAAUAAUUUACGGAAGAAAAUUAGGGCCACUGGAAAAAAAAAAAAAA